AUGGCUUCAACUAACGGUCUGGAAAUCAAACCUGAACCUUCAUCCUCAGACGUACCAAUGGAACAGGCUCUUACUUCAAAAGAUUAUUAUUCUGAUAGUUAUGCUCAUUUUGGGAUUCAUGAAGAAAUGUUAAAGGAUGAGGUUCGGACACUUAGUUAUCGAAAUUCAAUGUGGUGGAACAAACAUCUAUUCAAGGACAAGGUUGUUUUGGAUGUCGGAUGUGGUACUGGAAUUCUUUGCAUGUUUGCUGCCAAAGCCGGUGCUGCCAAAGUUAUCGGUAUUGAUAUGUCAGAUAUCAUUCACCAAGCGCAAAAGAUUGUAAAAGCCAACGGAUUUGAAGAUACCAUUACUCUGAUCAAGGGUAAGCUGGAAGAUGUAGAACUACCCGUUCAAAAGGUCGAUAUCAUCAUCUCGGAGUGGAUGGGUUACUUUUUGUUGUAUGAGUCAAUGUUGGACACAGUGCUCUUAGCACGUGACAAAUACCUGAAACCAGACGGACUCAUGUUUCCCGAUUCAGCCACAUUAUUCCUAGCUGGUCUUGAAGAUGAGGCUUACAAGUCAGAGAAAAUUGGCUUCUGGGACGAUGUUUAUGGCUUUGAUUACUCGUGUAUCAAAGAGCUUGCUCUACGAGAACCUCUGGUCGACACAGUCGAAUUACGAUCUGUGGUCACCAACCCAUGUCCUGUUCGGACUUUUGAUCUCCUUACCGUCACUAAGGAAGAUCUAUCAUUUACGGCUCCUUUUAACUUGGAAGCCACACGGAAAGAUUAUGUACAUGCUAUCUUGGGUUGGUUCGAUGUAUCCUUCCGGGCUUGUCACAAACCUGUAUCCUUCUCUACUGGACCUCAUGCUAAAUACACACAUUGGAAGCAGACCGUGUUUUACUUGAAAGACAUGUUGACCGUUAACAAAGGCGACGUGGUCAACGGAACUAUUGCCGUCCGACCCAACUCCAAGAACCACCGUGACUUGGAUAUCGAUAUCAGUUAUGAAUGUCAGAAGUUGAUCACGUUGACUAGAAUACAAUAUCACGAAGCCAAGUUCAUUGGAAUAGAAAGUAGUCCAUUUCAUAAACCCAAGAUUACACCAAAGAAUGCGAGAAAAUCGGAGACUGUACCCACAGAACCAUCCUGA